GACUGCGGACACAGUACAGGAGAUGACCAGAGACUGCGGACACAGUACAGGAGAUGACCAGAGACUGCGGACAGUACAGGAGAUGACCAGAGACUGCGGACAGUACAGGAGAUGACCAGAGACUGCAGACAGUGCAGGAGAUGACCAGAGACUGCGGACACAAUGCAGGGGAUGACCAGAGACUGCAGACACAGUGCAGGAGAUGACCAGAGACUUGCGGACACAGUGCAGGAGAUGACAAGAGACUGCGGACAUAGUACAGGAGAUGACAAGAGACUGCGGACACAGUGCAGGAGAUGACCAUGAGACUGCAGGGACACAGUGCAGGAGAUGACCAGAG